AUGGCGGCUUCUGCGCCGGCCCCGCACACGACUGACUUUCCGGCUGAGGGUCGGUGCAGUUACUAUGUGGAAAAGAAGAAGCGGUUCUGCAGGAUGGUGGUGGCGGCAGGGAAAAGAUUCUGUGGGGAACACGCUGGAGCCGCGGAGGAAGAAAAUGCUCGGAAAAGAAUUCUGUGUCCUUUAGACCCAAAACACACAGUAUAUGAAGAUCAACUAGCAAAGCAUUUGAAAAAAUGUAACUCAAGAGAGAAGCCAAAACCUGACUUCUUUAUUCAAGAUAUUAACGCAGGCUUAAAAGAUGGAACAGAAAAACCUGAACAGUUAGUUCCAAUUUCUUCUCUCUCUGAAGAGCAGUUGGAAAACUUAAUUAAGAAAUUGAGGAAAGCAAGUGAAGGUUUGAACUCUACACUUAAAGAUCAAAUUAUGUCCCAUCCAGCAUUGCAUGAUGCCCUUAAUGACCCUAAAAAUGGUGAUUCUGCAACCAAACACCUGAAACAGCAGGCUUCUAUUUUAGGUAACAUUGAAAAAUUAAAGUUACUUGGUCCAAGAAGAUGCUUUGUUGAAUUUGGAGCAGGAAAGGGAAAAUUAUCUCAUUGGGUUGAUAUUGCCUUAAAAGAUGCUGAAAAAGUUCACUUCAUCCUAGUAGAAAAGGUGACCACAAGAUUCAAGGUAGAUGGCAAACACAGAAAGAAAAAUUCAGUAUUUGAGAGACUUCAAAUUGAUAUUCAACACUUGUGUUUGAAUAAGAUUCCUUUGCUAAGCAAAGAAAAACUACCUGUGGUAGGAAUUGGAAAGCAUCUGUGUGGUGUGGCAACAGAUCUUGCAUUACGAUGUUUGGUUGAAACCUAUGCUGCCAGUUGUGAGGAAAGGAAUGAAGAACCUUUAGCCAAACGCAUAAAGAAUGAUAAAACAGAAAAAGAAAUUAACACUUUGGCCAAGGAAGGAAAUGAGAAAAAUGUCCCAGAGAAGUGGAGCCCUGUGGCUGGCAUUGUUAUUGCACUCUGUUGUCACCACAGGUGUGAUUGGAGACAUUAUGUGGGCAAAGAGUAUUUCAGGGCUCUAGGCCUUGGAGCAGUGGAAUUCCACUACUUCCAGCGAAUGAGUAGUUGGGCGACUUGUGGGAUGCGAAACACAUCUUUGGAAGCCUCCAAUCUUACCACAAAGAGAAAAGAUAAGCAGAAUGAUGACAGUGAAGAACAUGAUGACGGGGGAUGCAUAAUCACAGACGAAAGCACCGAGAGAGUCCCUGGGUUCCUUACUGUUGAAGAAAAGAAGAAAAUAGGGCAUCUUUGUAAAUUGCUGAUUGACCAAGGCCGAGUCGCGUAUUUACAGCAGAAAGGAUUCAGUCCUGCUUUACAGUAUUAUACAGAUCCUCUGGUAUCUUUGGAAAAUGUAUUGUUAACUGCUUUACCAAAUCAUUCUUCAUCACCAGAAACAACUGCUUAAUGGAAAAGAAAUUGUGAACAUCUGUCUUCCACCAAAAAAAAAUUUUUUUAAUUGUAUUUUUAUAUUCAUGAAAUAUACUUUACGUAGCAGAGAUAUGAACUUUAAAAAAUGUUGUGGCCUCAUUGAACUUUAGUUAUAGUUUUGUUUUUUACUUAGAAAUUCAAAUGUUAGCAAAUUCACCAAAUUCUCCAAGUAAUUCUCUUCAGCAGGGCAUCUUGAGUUAUAUUAUCCAUCAGUAUUUAUAGAGAUUGGUAAAGUAGCUGAACAGUUGACUUGGUUAUCUGAAACACACAUAACACAAUACACAACUAGCACAUUAGCUUUCUUAUUUGUAUUAAUUUUGGAAAUUUAUUUUCCUUUGGUUUUAUUUAGUACUUUUUACUUCUCAAGUUCAAGAUGUAUGAUCAAUUGUCCAUUUGUAACAAAGGCAAGUCUGAGAACUUGGCUUAUAUAUGGAUUUUUUUUGUCCAUUCCAAUCUGGAAAGGAUAAUGUAUUGUGAUUUGUUUUUCCUAAUGCAAAGAAAUUCAGAGAUGUACAUAAUCAAUUAAUGAAUUCACCUUCAGAUUUCCAGAGCCAUACAUGUAUUUAUGUAUUUCUGAAUUUAUCCAUGACAAACGGCAAAAGUGAAGAGAUAGUUUUCAAGGGAAAUGAACUGUUUCACUUCAUUU